ACGAGACUGUAGCUGGAUAAUAUUGAUGGAGACGAAAAUUGAACGGCAACUUGUCAAAAUAUCCCGGGAUCGUCAUUUAAUCAAGUGGGAGUAUCAAUGGUUACUGGCGAAUUCAAUUUAUGGCGUGACUGGAUGCGUUUGAGCCGAAUGUGCUAUUGUCAACUGAUUUUAUUUUUUAAAGUUGCUUUUUCAGCAUAGACUAAGAUAUACAAAAUAACUAAAACGGAAAUUAAAUCCUGUAAUUCCGCCAUUUAUUGUUUUAAUAAAGAAAUUUCGAAUGAUGGACACGAUGGAAACACUUCAAGGAUUUUCCCAAUUUGAUCGACGCACGUUUUCUCAAAGUCAACGUUUCUUUGAAAACAUUCAAAAGUUUUCGGACGGCAGUGAUGUCGUACCAAAUGGAGUACAUACGGAACCGCGUUUUGACGAUGAAAACAAGAUUGUUAGUGAUAGAACGGAAGGAAAUUCUCUAACGGAUGAACAUAGAUAUAAUGACAACGUUGUUGUGUGUGACAUAGGCAAGAAAGGAAAUGAGCUGCAGGAAAAAAAGACGUUUUCAAACAGAAUGGGACAGUAUGACCUUAAUAUGAUGGAAAUUCUAAGACACGAUAGAAACGCGAGUAGUGGUAGUAGUGAUGACGAAACACCGUCGCAGAGUCUUGAUAAUUUAGACACUUUCGGACAAGGAUAUUCUGAAGAUGGACUAGCCGGGAAAAUAAAAAACUGUAGGAAGGGGAAAGGAGAAAAAGUUGUUCGACUAAAUAUCAAUGCAAGGGAAAGGCGACGAAUGCAUGAUCUGAACGAUGCCCUAGAUGAACUGAGGUCAGUUAUUCCAUAUGCACAUAGUCCAUCGGUCAGAAAAUUGUCCAAAAUCGCUACACUUCUUUUAGCCAAGAAUUACAUUCUGAUGCAAGCAAACGCGCUGGAAGAAAUGAGGAGGGUCGUCGGGUAUAUGAAUGUUACGCCUACUGCAGCGCCAACAAGCGGAUGUUUCGAACCAUUUGCGACAUAUGGGCGGUUUCCAACAAGUCUCCCACAAGAACUGGAAAAGAAUGCUGACCAUUUUAACGCUAUGCUUCAUAAAGCAGACAGAGAUGGUAAACACUGUAUACCUUUCAGUAUUAAUCCUAGUUCCGAGGUAUUGCCGACGUCUGUCCCUACGUCAACGUAGGCACGUAUGUCAGAUUGACGAGACUCGUAGUCAUGGUGUAUAUACGGACACAUUUUAUAGAAUAAAAGGAGAAAAGCAACAUGGAGUAUGUUUUAUGGAGUAUGUUUCUUAACUUGAUUCUAAGAAUAACGCAUUGGUGGUAAAGUAUAUGAUUCAGAUUCGAUAGAUUUUUUGUUAAUUUUCAAAGCUGUCUACCAUUUAAUUUUCUUUACACAAUAUGUCAUAAAUUGCCAUGUAACGUUGUCUUACAUUUACCGGUAUAUAUAUUCAAAGAGGCGGUCGUUCUAGACUUUAUGUAAUCAAGUAUUGUUCUGUAUUUUAUUUAUACAUUUUUGAAAAGUUCGUAUCGACAGUGUUUCAAUGUGAAACCAGAGUACUGAAGCCAGUGUGUUUUGAUAGAUCAUUUUUAUUACCAUUGUGUUAUCUCUUUGCUUGUUGAGAAAACUUUGAGAUUCAUCACUUUUUUUAUUGUUUUCCAGAGUUGAAACAGUUCACGAAAAUGUCAUAACGUUUUUUUGUAAUAUGUGGUUAAAUAUUAUUGAAAAGUCGGACAGGCAGCCUUACUUUUCCUUCUGACAAACAUGCUAGUAAUAAUGUUCCAGAUAUUCUUAAUAGGGUCAAUAUUUAAGAUAAGGGAUCCGAGGUUUAAAGUGUCAUAUUCUAAAGUAAGCAUUUGUCAUAUUUUGCAUGACAUUUACUGUUUUCAUGUCAGUUCUAAGAUGAUUGACAAAAGGAAUGGGGCUGAAAUUGUUAAGCUUUAAUUGGUCAAAUAUUGCCUGAGAAAACAGUAAAAUGCGAUUAUGGCCACGGACAAAACUGUUUCAAUAUAUUUUGUUCAAAACGGGAUAAUUCAGAUCAGUCGAGUAUACUUGAAAUACAACAAUUAUUUUGUAAAUCAAAAAGUAAUCAACAUAUCUUUACUUCUCUUUAAACACCCAAAUACAAUAAAAGUCUGACAAGGAAUUCUUGUAUUUGUUACUGUAAUUGUAAAACGUUUGCUUUGUCCGUUCGCCCGUUCUUCUGUGCGUCACUCUUUUUCGUCGUAUGCUGCUAAAAUUAUUAGAGACAUGAAACUUUACAGAAAUACUAAUCAGCAUGCGAAGCUGUGCAUCUGAGGUUUUGCUUGUGAUUGCGUACAAAAGAGCAGAGUAAUGACCCUUGAAUUAGUAUCUUUAACUUGUGCCGUACACUGCUAAAAUGUAUAUGAACUUUAAAGACAUGAAACAAUACAGAAAUGUUAUUCAGCAUUUGAAGAUGUGCACCUGCGGGAUUUUGUUUGUGAUAUCAUCCAGAAACAACAGAGCUAUUUUCCUUGAAUUCGUGUUUUCAACUUGUGUUAUAUAAAAUAACCUAGAUACAUGAAACUUUUCAGGAAUAUUAGUUAUGCACCAGGGGUUUUGCUGCGCCUUUACACAGUAACAACAUAGUAAUGACUUUGAAUUGGUAUUUUUAAGAUUGUGUCAAGCACGUGUAAAUCUACAGGCACUACUAUUUUUUCUAUGUACUGAUCAAUUUAAUCUGUAGUUCAUGUGGGCUCCUUCAAAUUGUGUUCGUGUGCUGUAGAGUGAUCACACUUAAUAACAAUAUAAAUACAUUCUUAGAAGCUUCGUAAUGUCCUCCAUACUUCACAAUGAAGGUAAAUGAGAAAUUGAUUUAAUUCUGUGUGGUCGACAGGAAACAUAGUAUAAAAUAUAUUUCAAAAUCGCCGGUCAAUUAAUAAUUUAGUGGCACCUAAAAACAACAAUGUUUUAUCAAAAAAUAUUUUACAUUCUACUUUAAAAGUCAUGCUCAUUUUAGUUUUCUUAUUUAAUUAAAGCCCAACCCAAUUAUUUUGAAGAAUAACAUGACUCCUUACAUGAAUCGCCAGUCCAUAGUUUGUGCUUUUGACCGGUCAGUAGUCCAAGACUCGACUGAAUUGGGUUAAAGUCAAAACUUGAAACAAAUAUGAACAUUAUUUCUGAUAUCAUGUUAUAAAACACUUAUUGACCUACCAGCCAAUAAUCAAAGCUAUUGCCCGAGAGGAUGUUUUACAUACAUGUAUUUUUUCAUUUAAUUAAUUUCUUCAUUGGUUUUAGAUGUUUCAGCAUGUAACUGAAUAUGUUGAACAAAUCAAAAAUACUAUUCACUUAUAUAUCUGAAUUUUAUAAGGCCAGUAUUACAUUGAUCUAUUUUUAUUAUUGUAUUAAAUAAUGAAUAAAAGUGAAUAAAUGAAUGUAAUACUUCCAAUUGUGAUACGUGUUUUAUAUGUCAGUGUCACCACAGUGCCACCAUUUAGAUCAUCAUUGCUUUUUGAAAAGUAAAUUAGUAAUAUAGCUUCUGUCUUCUAAACAAUAUUCGACAGAAAUGUUGUGAUACCAAUAUGUUAACAUGUACGUGUUCGUGCUCGAGUUGCUCGCUUCGCUUACUUUUGUUUUACACGUGAUUUUGAACAUUUACAGCUGAACUGUGAGAAAAAUUGUAAUGUUCUGAGACUCAU